AUGGGCGCUACCCCGUCACGCGAGGCGAAGCCGACCAUUCGGUCGCUGCGCUACGGCAACCACGAAAUCGGCCUUAUUCCGAUCACUCGCACCUACUUCAACAACCAAAACCCACAACUGCGGCAGCAGUUCAUUCGUGUUCGCAAUGACCCGAACGUGCGCUAUAGCCACACACGCCUUCGCGGCUACAGCAUGGCGGAGUUGCCACCUGCCAGCUAUACUGAAGAAGACCUGGAGGCUUAUCUGGACACGGUCGAGCGCGGUCUGUUUGACACGAAUGAGGAAAUGCUCGACGCUGGGGCGCUGCAGACGCCGAUGAUAAGCAUGAUGCAGCUCCAGCACCUCCUGCAGUGUGACGGAGAAGUGAACCUGUACGACCCAACGCUCGAGAAGGAGCUGGAGAGCGACAAGGGCAGCCAGCCACCCACUUCCGUGGAGCCGUUCUUACUCGGCGCCAUCGGCACGUCAUUGCUGCCGUCCUGCAAUGGUGUAAGCUUUAGUGACGUGGCGACUCCACAGAACCCAGGCCCACCGCGUGAGAAUGGCUGGCUGCGCUCCACGUCCCUGUCCUUGCGCGCCUCCUCGUCGGACGAGACUCUCAAAAACAGCCCCGUUCACCCGGCGUCCGUUGUGUCUGCCACUGUAUCGCUCAGCGCCACUCCAUCGCACAUGCUGCUGCCCCCCACCAUGCCGGUGGCACCCCCGCAGGAUGAGAAGGCGGAGAAGAUGCCGAGCGCCGAGGACUGCGCCACCGACUGGUUCCUCAAGCUCAAGGGCUUCCUUCAGUCGCACCACCGCCGCACGGACGAGUUCUGCCGCCCCAGUUGCAAUGCCACCUGCAAAGACAAUGGUCAGUCUUCAUUCCUGCCUCAGUUCUACAAGUCUGAGGAGUACCUUCGCUUCAAGCGUGCUGUGCGGCCCGUGCCGUGCGCGGUGCUGUUUAUCUAUGUCAACAACCGCGAGGAGCACGACUGCUUCACGUUCCAGGGCCAUCGCGUGAACGUCAUUGGAAGCUUUGACAUGCGCAGCCACGAUGACGACCACGACGACUUCGCACCGACUCUGCAGAUCCGCAAAGCUAUUCUCAAAGCUGCCGGCGACCGUACCCUUGAGCGUGUGCUCGCUCUGUCGACAAAGUACUACCUGGAUAGCUUCACCGAGAUUGUCCUUCAGCAGCUGCAGCGACGCCCUGCUGCGGAGCUGUUGGCGGGCCUUGGCGAGGAGGCGCGGAGCUUGUUGUGCAAGGUGCCCACCGGUGCCCCCGCUGGCGGCUCUGACAGCUGCCCAUCCAUGUACGACCCUCUUUCAAUUGCGAGGGCGCUCUUCUACGAGCGCAUCACAAAGCUACCGCUGGUGGUGUCGUCCCCCUUUAACAACUACCCUGCCCUCAAGUUCAUCUAUGACUUCACUUCCCUCACCCACAGCAUCGAGGACAGCCAGUUCGUCCGCCCAGGCGACCUGCGUCUGUGCACGUACGACCGUGAGAAGGGCGAGCGAGGAAUCAUCUUUCUGUUUCACGGCCGCGCCCUGGCACUUAGCUGGCUGUGGGCGACGACGCAGACACAGACGUCCACGGUUCGUGAGUCGUGGGCACAGUACACACUGUGCGAGCACACCCAGUCCCGUGAGCGGCGCGUACAGCACUGGCUGACCACGGACCCACGAGCUAAGACGCUGCUCGGAGACUCGGACAUCACCGCGUGCUUCGAGCAGCACCUCGAACACCUCCACAGCGAGAUCGUGCGCGCACGCAACACCCCAACAGAGGACGCGAGGUCGUGGUCCGACGUGCAGGAGUACAGUCAUGACAUGAAGCUUUAUCGCAUCUUCCUGUCCCCACUCUGCGGGCCUCUGCUCACGACGGUAAAGACGGCAAAGCCAGAGAAGCCAAAGGACCGUAGCAAUGCCAAGAGGUCGCCAGCUGCCAACUCUGCUCAGAGCGCCGCAGACGGCGGCAAUGCAUCGACGUGCUCUCACAGCAGGGCCGCCUCGGAUUUGCGGUUGGUGAUGUCGCCGUCGGCGAGUGCUUUGCCGACCAACAGCCGUAGCAGCACGCAGGCACGCGGCAAGAAGUCCCCAAACACUCCACUGACGGGCCUCAGCACGUCUGGGCGGACCCUUUCCACCUCGAACUUCUCCACCAGCGCCACAACUCUGGGCGGCGGAAGCAGCAGCAGCGCGCCGCUUUACAUGAGCGGCACCGCCCCCGGUGCCUUCCUGCACCCGCCACCCUCCCUCAGCGGUGAUGGCGCCACGCGGGUAACAAUGCCAAGAAGCUUCAUGGCGCCUGCUGCCUUCGCUAGCCAGUCAGCUCCGAUUGCCGGCAUGCCUGUACCGAUGCCCAUCUACUUCACUGACUCGCUGGAGCAACCACAGCUACAACCGCAACCGGUGUCGCCGAUGCUCGUGACCUCGCCACCGACAGGGAUUUCCUUCCCCAUGGCGACCGCGCCUUGGCCCCUGCACUCCUUCAUCCAGUCGCCGCAGCCGCCACAGUCGAUGAUGACGUCACCGAACCAGCCACCUGCAGCAGUCUCCACCUCAUACGUUGUUCAGGUUUCGAGCAACGGUGUGCAGACGCUGAUGCCCAUCACAUUUGCGUCGACCCCGAGCUCGAACACGCCAAGCAUGAGCUUCCAGACCGACGCCUCCAACUCGAGGAACACGAACUUCCAGCACGCGCCACAGCAGCCACCACCGCCGUCGUUUUCAGCGCCGAUGAUGGUGCCGAACGGGAAGGGCGAUGCGUCGUCGCUGUCCUCCUCGCAGCAGUCAUUUGGGAGCAAAGGCACGCCGUACGCAGGAGCUUCCAUCCUCAACAGUAUGACCCCCCCAAACCCGCAUCCAGCUCACAGCCUAGACAGCGCCGCUACCGCUGCCGCGCUGUACCCAAAUAUGAUGACCGCCUUUGCAACCGGGAACGGCGGUGCCACAAUGCACGCUGUCCCCCAUCAUCUGGCUCCGCAGCAGACGACCGCACCAAUGUUUGCGGCGAUGCACCCCGCGUUAGCGCAACUUACGGAGAAUCACACGGCGUGUUUAGCCACCCCGAAAGCCUACGUUCCUGUCGGCUACUUCAGCACGUCUGUGCCCGGAUCUCCUCAUAUGCCACAAUAA